CGCCCGUUUCCUCCAUCCUCGAGCCUCGUAGCACAUCAUAUAAUACACGACAAACAUCUAUAAUUCUUUGUUGACCCUAAUCUGCAUAAAUGAAUGGUCUUGACCUUCUCUCCAACGCAGCAUCUCAGCUGUCCACCGCGCCACCUCCCGGGGGCCUGGAGGAGGGUCUCAGGACUCCCCUCAACGACAUUACCCAGCCGAACGCCUCCCAGAAGCGCCCCCCAUCCCCUCCUUUGACCGACACAACCCCUGCACCGAAGCGCCCGCGACGCACCUGUACCCAGCCAAAACCGGCAGCUUCGCCCCCCGAGCCCCCCACACCUACACCUCGAAAAAAGCGCGGACGUCCUCCGAAGAAGAGGGAAGAGGGACAGCAGCCCAAACGCGCGCCGGGACGCCCUCGCAAGGACAAGCCAGCUGCGAGCGCGGUGACCACGCCGAACGCGAAUCAAGCGCUACUCGCGGCAUCCCAGUCGGGUCUCGGGCGAUCGGAGACGGUGAAGAAUUCGCCCGCGACGCCCUCUAUCGACCGCCCUCCCUCGCCAGGUGUCGCGUCCAACAAGCAAUCCACCGCCGGUCGAGCGAUCGGCCAGCCCUUCCCUUCGAUCAACUUCAUCUCCUACACCCCCUCCUCGUUCGACUUCGGCUCUCCCCCACCCCUAGAUCCACCAAACAAUUCCUUCUCGUUCAGCAAUCUCCCUUCCCCUGUGGUCGCCUCUGGGGCUGCUUCCCUGGCGGAGGAGCAGCACACCGCAGCUUCUGUUGAGGGAGCCGUCCCAAAGCCCUCGCAAAAGCAGCGGAAGUACUCAGUCGCUGACAAGAGCGCCCUCCUCGAAGUCGUCCUUGGCGACAACGUGAAUGGCGACAAGAUCUUCGACAAACUUCAGGUCGCCUCGAACAAAGUCUGGCGCAUGGUGCUCGAGGCUCUUGGCGGGAAGCUUCCCAGUGGUCCUGUCACUGAGAAGCAACUCGGCAGCCUCUACAACACGCUUCUUACGACGUUCAAGCAACUCUACGAGUUCCGUAACUUCACGGGCCGUGGUGCUGAUGCGGACGACUACGACUGGGACGACGAAGAUGGUCUCGCAUUGCAUCUCCGCAACUCGAAGAGCAAGGGGUGUGCGAUCGACAAUCUCAAUGCGGCAAACAGUCGCUUGUUCGUGCGUAAAGGCUGGUACGAUCUCUUCGUCAAUCGCUACAAGGACAACUGUAAGGGGACCAGCCGGGAGUGGCCGAGUGGAGACGGUAGCGGAGACGAGGCUAACGUCUAGGCAGCCAUGGUCCCCGGACAGCCACACCACCUAGAGGGAGGCGUGACGUCUUAGAAGGGUGAAGAGCGUCACGGUGGACGAGGGAGAGGAUCGACGGUGAUGGCGGGUCGUGACCGACGAUAGAAGAGGGAGUAGGGUAGGGCGUAGCUCGGUAGAGAGAGGAGGGCAGGCGUACUGAAUACCACUACACAGUGGACCCAUGCGUGAGCCAUACAUGGGGGGCGCCCACGAGUAGGGUGCCCGGUAGGCAGUGCCGCCAGCGCCUACACGAGGUGGAGGGUAGUGACGAGGGGGCGGCGUCACUAGGGUAGUGGAGAGGCGUAUCGGCCAGAGACGCGGCCGGUGGUGGUGAUCGGUGGAGGGCGACACCGAUCGGAAGGAGGAGGGGGCGCGGU